AUGGACCAGAUGUUAACAGGGAAGAACAGAAAUGGCCAAUUAUUUGCAACGGCUGAAAGUCAAUCCGCAUGGGAUACACUCUAUGACGGACUCGAUCUCCUAUAUGGAGUCAGAACACCGAGAAAGGCUAGCAGACUUUGGAGUCACUGUGUUUUCCCUUUAGCUGAUUGGGAUGUUCACAGCAAUAUCCCCAGUGCAACCGGCUUUGCUGUCGUCUGGACCGCUUUUGGUUCCAGAAGAAAGAGCUCAGCAACACCGUUUUUCCUCCUCUUCCUGUGCCUAGUACUCUGUGGGCUUCAUAUGCUGGGGUGGACGUAUGAGUUCCCCGGUUUGUUUGAAGCAUGGGCAUGGCGCUCGGCCACAAUUGCGAUUGCGAUCCUCCCUCCCCUGAUCCUCGCUCACUCAAAUGUUGCUGAAAGUCUCGACCUUCCCUGGCUGGUUGAUGCGUGUAUCCCGGGCAUUCUAAUACUUCUGUACAUGGUGUGCCGCUUGUUCAUGAUUGUAGAGUGUUUUGCAUCCUUUCGCCAAGCGCAGGCUGAGAUCAAAGCCUUAGCCCAGAAAUGGCGAUUGUUCGCUAAUUGUAUGUCGUUGAGUCUACUCAGUAGGAAGAAGUUGGACAAAAUAUAUAGAGCAAUUGAUUGA